AUGGCAGACCUAGCUGCUAAAAGCAAAACAGCAGUCGCGUAUGACUCGUUUGUUCCACCCAAAGGAAAGGAAGAUAACUUCUUGGAAAAAGUGCACUUCAAACUCGGGUACACUGUCCGGACAAUAGACGAUUACGACGUGAAGGCAAUCAUGUACGAUCUGUGGGAAGACAACUCGGCCACCGUGGCCCACACCAUCAAGACUUUCUGGAUGUACUGCCCACAAAGCUUCUUAGUCUGUGUGAACGAGGAAGGUACUUACUGCGGCAUCAUUAGCGCCGUCGUGUUCGAGGACGAGAUUGCUUUCUGCGGCUUCAACCACGUCAAGCCAGGUACGACAGAGGGCAUUCGUCGCAUGCUGUGGGACGCGGUGCUCGCCAUAAAUGCGGGCAGAAACGUAUUCACGCUGGUCCCCGCCGAACGAGUCAACUCCUACCACCGACACCUUGGCUUCCACACGUCGAGCCGAGGGCUCGUGUUGCACGGCAAGCUGCCAGAAACGACGGAUAUCAGCCACUUCGGGAAAACUGACACCGUGGGGACCAAG